AUGGAAUAUUCCAUCGCGUUUUAUGGGCUUUUCAACCUUGCAUACGAGAGUUUGCAUAUUGUAAACCUAUACUGCAAAUCGAUGGAACUUGGUUAUAUGAGUUUCUUUCUAAGGAAUCUCCGAGAAUAUGUUGCUCCUCAACCUGAUAUUUGUUUAAUCUCUGAUAGGCAUGCUUGCAUUGAAAGUGCUUACAACAAUCCAACAAACGGAUGGCAACACCCACCAUCAACACAUGUCUACUGUAUUCGCCAUAUUGCCCAGAAUUUCAUGCGGGAGAUCAAGGAUAGACACCUCCGGAAAACACUGGUCAAUGCGGGAUAUGCGUUAACUCAACCUACAUUCCAACAUUAUCGGAGUGAAAUUGUUUUGUCAAAUACGAAUGCGGGAAGUUGGAUUGAUAACCUUUCUAGAGAGAAAUGGACCAGGGCUUACAACAAUGGCGUGAGAUGGGGCCACAUGACAACAAAUCUAGUAGAAUCCAUGAAUGGUGUUUUUAAGGGCAUCAGAAACCUUCCAAUCACUGCACUGGUGGAGGCAACCUACUUUAGGAUGGCUUCACUAUUCUCAAAAAAAGGUCAAAGGUGGAGUGCUGUUAGAGAAUCAGGUCAACUGUUCAGCGAGAGUUGCAUGAAAUUUAUGAAAGAACAAUCUGCCAAGGCCAACAGUCAUCAUGUAUCUGCUUUUGAUCGAUUUAACCGCACCUUCAGUGUUCUAGAAACAAUUGACCAUAAUGAAGGAUUGCCGAGACAACAAUAUCAGGUUCUACUAGAUGAUCAUUGGUGCGACUGUGGUAAGUUUCAAGCAUUCUGUAUGCCUUGCUCGCAUGUCAUAGCAGCAUGUGCAUUUGCGCACCGAGACGCAUUAUCGCUACUAUCUCCAAUUUACAAGGCUGAGACAUUGCUCCAAGUAUACAGUAUGGCAUUUUCCAAUGAUGGCAAAGUAGGAUUAUUGGCCUGA